AGUAAGUAGUAGUUUUUACGACAGUUCAGAACAGAAGUCGGCCCAAGAUGCCGGUCAGCUCGCGGGGUUCGGCGUGUGUCCUGGCGGCUCUGCGCAGUGUUAGCAGAGUUAGCAGUGUUGGCAGUGUUGGCAGCGUUGGCAGUGUUAGCAGCGUUAGCAGUGUUUGCAGUGUACACAGCAGCACACCGGGAACACGGCCCGCCGCGUCUUCCACACUCGCUUCCUAUUUUGACGUCCGGACGUCCAGGAGUGUUAGCAUGUCGUCCUCCGCUAUGUCCCAGAGGAUGGUGUGGGUGGACCUGGAGAUGACAGGUCUGGACAUUGAGAAGGACAAGAUCAUUGAGAUGGCAUGCAUUAUCACAGACUGUGACCUGAACAUUCUUGCUGAGGGGCCCAAUUUGAUAAUCAACCAGCCAGAUGAGCUGCUGGAUGGGAUGUCAGAGUGGUGUAAAGAGCAUCAUGGCAAGUCAGGACUGACCCAGGCUGUACGGGACAGUAAAAUCACCCUGGAACAAGCUGAGUAUGAGUUCCUGUCCUUCGUCAGACAGCACACCCCUCCUGGACAGUGUCCUCUCGCUGGCAACUCUGUGCAUGCUGACAAGAAGUUCCUGGACAAGUACAUGCCACAGUUCAUGUACCACCUCCACUACAGAAUCAUUGAUGUCAGCACCAUCAAGGAGCUUUGCAGACGGUGGUUUUCAGACGACUAUAAGAUGGUGCCUCACAAGAAAGCAACCCACAGAGCCUUGGAUGACAUCACAGAGAGCAUUAAGGAGCUACAGUUCUACAGAGCCAACAUCUUUAAAGCUUCAACAGAUGAGAAGAAGCGCAAGAUUAUAGAAAACGGAGGCAGCAACAAGAGUUAAUGUACACACGAGUGAGACCAUGGAGCCUUCAGUGUUCUGUAGCUGUAUUACCACAACCAAGCAGUUUGAUCAUUCAGUGUAAUUUAUGCAAAUGUCUUCAUUGCUUUUAGUUUUUGUUCUUAUUUAGCUCCAUAAUGAUCCUUUGUUUCACUAUCAUUAAAAAGUUCACUUAAAGAUGUCAUGAAAGGGAGCAAUAUUCUGGUAAAAAGCAACUGUUUUUCAAUGUUUAAAAGAAACAUUUGUAUUAAUUUAUCUUCAGUCUGGGAUUUAUUUUCAUUUACCCUUGUUUUUUAAAAAUGAAACCAAAUAAACUCAGUGGAGGAAGUA